GUGCCACUUUCAGGUCUCCUCACACUGCUGGUGUGUUCCAUUUUUUGUCAUAGGGUGCUGGCAGAUUACGGGCCUCCCAUAGCUGCUGCCAGGCCCCUAAUCUGCCAUGGGCCCCUAUACCGCCUCCUCAUGCUGCUGCCAGGUCCAGAGUCUCUCAUGGGUCCCUGUACGGCCUCCCAUUGCUGCUGUCUCCAUCGCCACACUCUGCCAUGUGCCACUUUCAGGUCUCCUCACACUCCUGCUGGUUUCCAUUUUGUCAUAGGUUGCUGUAUGGCCUCCCAUUGCUGCUGCCUCCACCGCCACACUGUGGCUCCAAACACUGGUUUUGGCCCCGUGACUGGCCAAAUGAGUGAAGUGUGCGGUGAUUCUAAGAUCGACGGCACUCAUCUGCAUGUCAUACUG